GCUUCACUGGAGUGGCAAGUGGGAUUUAUUUAUUUUAACUUCUUUUAAGUUUCCCAGAUCUGUAAAGAAUGGAAAGAGUAGCGAACGAACAUACGCACACACCCUUACUAUUUAGAUCCAACAGUUAACAUUUUAGUAUAUUUGCUUUCUUUCUCUUUUGCAAAGUACCCCUAAAUAUUUCAUCACACAGUCCCCAAAAAAUAACAUUUUCCUAUGUUACCAGUUUAACAGAAGUAAUAGUAGUUCUCAAAUAUUGUCUAAUAUCCAGUCCAUAUUCAAAUUUAACUUUUAUAAAGAGUUUUGGAGCUGAAGUGUUUCUAGCAUAUCUGUUACAGAUGAUCACAGCUUCUGAUGAGAAUUUCUAGUGGCAUUGAAUGACCUGUGGUGGUCUAACCUCUAAGGCCCAGCAGAUACGUAGAUGUUAGCAUUUAGCUACUUCUCAUUCAGCUUUUAGAAAGGCCUAUUUUGUCUUUUGGUAUUAAUUAAGCCAAAGAUUGUCACUGCCGGUGACCAGGUGUCUUUGGAUACUGUGGCAACAUUUCAUUCACUUAUUUCACAAGCACUUACUAAUAGCUAAGAUGAAGCUGGGUGCGACCCUGUAAUCCCAGCACUCUGAGCUGGGUGGAUUACUUGAGCUCAGGAGUUUGAGACCCCUUCUCAACUGAAAAAUAGAAAAACUAGGUAGGUGUUGUGGCAGGCACCUAUAGUCCCAGCUAUUGGGGAGGCCGAGGCAGGAGGAUCGCUUAAGCCCAAGAUAUUGAGGUUGCUGUGAGCUGUGAUGAUGCCAUGGUACUCUACCCGGGAUGAGAGUGAAAGUCUCAAAAACAUUAAGAUGUAUUGAAAAUUUACUGUGUGUUAAACUUUGUGCUUUGCAUACAUUAAUUUAAACCUCUCCAACGUAGUAUUAUGUAGGUAUCACUACUAUUGUUUACAUUGUAAAGAUGAAGAAAUGGACUUGAGGAACAGAGAUGCUGAGACGCACACUGAAGGUCAUGCAGCUGAUUCGAGUUAGAGGCAGAGCUGGGUUUUGAUCCCAUGUAGUCUGACUGCCUCUCACAACAUGGUGGGGACACCUGACUCUGUCUGAGGGCCGAAGUGGGAGGGAGAGGCCUUACGUGAGUAGCUGGGUGGGGGCAAGGAUGCAGGGGUAAGGGCCGGAAGGGACAGUGAGUGCUGGGACUGGGGUGUGGUGGGCAUGGAACAGGGCAGAGGGUUGUGGGCUGAGGGUUCAGGUGGUGGCAGGAGGUCGGGCCCUUAUUAGCUGAGCUCAGGAGCUUGGGCUUCAUCUUCAGGGUGGGAAAAGCCAAUGAAGGGUUGGAAGUCUCCGGAGACUGGCCCCAUCUGCAUUCUGGAGGGAUGAUUUGGCUUGAGAUCAUUGUGUGGAUUCAAGGGUGAAUCUGGGGGUACAGACAGCAGGACCUGUGGGGAUAGGUUUGGGAAGCCUGGAGAGACCAAUGUCCCUAACGGGUUCCCUCGGAGUGUGGCCUUGCUCUGGUGUGUAGAUUUAACCCACACCAGCUCCAUCCCCACGUGAGCUCCCUGGGAAGACCUUGUCAGCCUUGCACACAGGAUGCAGGUGCUGGUGUCCUGAUGGUGCGCUGGCCAAACGUCGUUCAGGAUGGUUUGUUUACAGGUUUGCUGCCCUGUCUGAGUCGGGAACUCCGUACAGGCAGGUGCUGUUUUUUAGUGAUCUUUGAUUCUUUAGUUCCUUGUAUGUUGUGUAGUGCUCAGGAAAUGCUUGUUGUAAAGAAACCCUUGUUGAAAUCUGAUCACACCACCCUGGAUGGUAGGGGAUCCCCUCUGAGGAGCAUCCUCUCUAGGGGUGGUGGCGGCGGCAGGACACAACAGCCCUUUUACAUGAGCUGUUGGUUUACAGGAGCUGUGUAGUGCCUUUUCUUUUGGGCUACCUCUUUUGGUCCCAGGCUUUGCCGUGCCUGUUAUGCAGUUGCUGUGGGGUCAGGGGUUAUAUUCCCUGUGCUGGGAACUGUCCGCAGGUGACCAGGACGUGUGUCAGGAAGUUAUUUUCUUGCACUGUAUUAAGUCAAAAGCACAGUUCCCUUACAGAAGGGUUUUAUUAAUUGAAACAUUUGCCCACAGUUAAAUUUAUCCCAAACUCAACAAGUGCAAGUAAUCAGGGAUAGUCACUUAAUUUUAAUUGUAGUAAUACUUAUUACAUGUAUACCAAAAAAGAAAGAAAAAAAGAAAAGAAUGUCUCUAAGAUAAGGCAGUGUUACACACGUGUUUAGAUCUAGUGAUUUGUGUGUUUAUGUGGUUAUUUUUUAAAGUUUACCUGAAGAUUUUAAUUUCCAUCUUCAUAUUUUGUCAUCUCUUCAACGCCCCAUUAUAAUGCACAUUUUUGUUAUGAACGGACAUUUCUUAUUUUUUUUAUUUAUUUUUAUUUUUUUAAUUUUUUUUUCGUAGAGACAGAGUCUCACUUUAUGGCCCUCGGUAGAGUGCCGUGGCCUCACACAGCUCACAGCAACCUCCAACUCCUGGGCUUAAGCGAUUCUCUUGCCUCAGCCUCCCGAGUAGCUGGGACUACAGGCGCCCGCCACAACGCCCGGCUAUUUUUUGUUUGCAGUUUGGCUGGGGCCGGGUUUGAACCCGCCACCCUCGGUAUAUGGGGCCGGCGCCUUACCGACUGAGCCACAGGCGCUGCCCCAUGAAUGAACAUUUUUUAAAUUAAUACUAACAGAUUAAAUUAUCCAGUUUCAGCAACAUGAAAUAUGUCUCAUAUGAAACAGUUUAUAAGGCAUUCCUAAAAAGUACCUUCAAACUGUUUGUUAUAUCCCUAGAAAUGCACACACACAGAUCCAUUGGAAAUGUUUUAAAACCCUAAUCAGUAAGUCAUAUUUAUGUCUAAAACAAUUCAAUUAUAGUUCUGUCUGGCAAGUUCUCAAUUCCCGCCUGUGUCAUACAUCUUACAGCAACAACAAAGCUGUGAUUGGUUGUGGACAGACCACGCGUUCAGGCCUCUCUGCCAGUCUUGCUUUGGACCCCACUCUCCCCACACCCCUCCUAAUGUUCACAUUGCUGCAGGAUUUUCUUUAUUCACUCAGGGUUGGAAGGCAAGCUGGCAUUUCCCAGCUUUAGAAGAUCUGUGUGCUGUGGGAAAAGUCGGAACAGCACCUUGCAUUUGGCCAGUGUUUGAGCGAGUAGGAUCUCAGGGUGCUGCUGCCGGCCCUCACCCUCCAGGGACCAGCAUGAGGGUGGAGGCUCCACACCUUCAGAGGCCCUCUGCUGGCAGGGCCUGGCGGCUUUUUAAGGACAGCAGGUGGCGCUGAGGAGCUGUGACCCUGUGAUAAUCUCUGUAAUUGGGGCCACCGCCCCGCGCGGUGGGUUGGGGAGUUGCAAGUUCCCAGGACAUUCUUGUUCUUUUCUGGAAGUGAUGCCCUUGUCUUACAGAGCAAUUUUUCCUGCAGCUAAAAAGAAUGAUUACAAAGAUGUGUUGAUUUGGCCCCCAGGGACCUUGAGGAAAACCAGUUUCAGGGAAUUAAUUUUUCACUGUUUAAAGUUUGUGAGAAAGUUUGGGAGUUACCUGAGGGCCUCAAGAGGGGACCAAUGACAGACCUGUGACCUCCUUAAGGAGAGUUCCUUAAAAUAAUGGUGUUUUAGGGUUAACUUGUUGUCACCAGAUAGGUACUUUUUCCGUUUCUACAUUUUAUAUAUAUAUAUAUAUAUAUAUAUAUAUAUAUAGUAUUUUCCCCCCUGGCUGGGAAUGGUUUUGAACCCACCACCUCUGGUAUAUGGGGCUGGCGCCCUACUCCUUUGAGCCACAGGUGCCGCCCUACAUUAUGUAUUUUUCUUUUAACAUGUUUCUAAGGUCUUUAAAGACACACUCCUGUAGUUCUCACAGGGGUUUCUAGCAGGGCUUGUUUUUGAAAGUUGGGGGUAGGCAGAGAGGAGAAGAAGGUGGAGAGAGAGGUGGCUUGUCUGGCCCAGGGGGACAUUUCCCUGUAGGGCAGGGCUGCUGGUUUUGAGGGAUGGCCUCAUUCAGGGUGGAACCCUGUUCUCCUGUUUCGGGGCUGCUUGAGGGUACAUGUCUGGCUUUGGGGUGGGGGCCCAGGCUCAGCAGAUACGGAGGUGCAGGGCCCUGUUAGGGGUGUAGAAGGGCAGCCAUGGCCUGGGAUAAUGUGACCUGGGAUGCUGGCCCUGCUGCUACUUUGGGAGCUGGAUAGGGCUGCAUUCUGGGGGCAGGUGUGGUGUGUGGUGACAAGCACUCUUAAAUAGCCCUCUGAGCCUUUGGGGCCUGCAGGGCAGGAAGCUGCCUGGAGAACAAGAGAGGGGUGGAUGGUGCCAUUAUGUUCCCCUUAUGUCUGAAUCUGGGCGGUGGGCGCCCUGAGGAGGGGCUCUCAGGGAGCUUGUGUGACCCUGGCUUCCUGGUGUGUGUCCUGACCCCACCUCCUGAUAGUUGAGUGGCUGCCCAUGGCCUGAGCCCCUGCCACCUGCGCCACCUGCACUGCUGGCUGGCAUGAGAGCUGCUGCUCUGUGAAGGAGACUGGAACCCUUAGCCACAAAGCACGCAGUUUUGAUGCCUCGGGCAAGUCUGUGCAUGAGAACAACUGACUUUUAUUAUUUCAGAGUACACUUGUGGCUGUCCUUAGGGCUCCUGCCUGGCCAAGGGCCUCCGCCCGGUGAAGGACUCCCAUUCUGUGAACCUUCUCUGGUUUCUGGCCAUAAUCCUCUUGGAUUUGAAAACUGUCUUGACAUUUUACAUCCUCAUGGACAAACAUUAGUGCUCUGGUGAAGUUUGUAAAAUUAUUUCAGGUCUUCCAAUUUCCAGGUUUUAGUUGGUUUUGCUUCUGUCUGUGAAUUUGUUUCCAUGUGGUUCUUCAAACUUUUAUAAAAUUUUUAUACCAGAUACAGUCGCUAAUUUAAAUAGCAUGUUUCAUUCAUACUUUUAUUUCAUAUUCAGCAUUUUUGGUGAGGGUGGUGGUGAAAUGAGACCUGGGGGGAGGAAGGAGCUUCAUGCAAACCAUUUGCCUUAUAAAAUUGUCAUCAUAGGUAAAUUGCAGGGUCCUCCAACACUUGUGCCAAGAUCAAAAAUGUUUGCUGGAAUAGUUUAAAUUAGCUUAAAGUCAAUAGUCAUUAAGAAAUGUUGUAGGUAAGGUCAUUUAUUUGUCCAGUUGGAAGGGAGGCUUGGAUUUCUAUUUUUUCCUGGAGUCAGGAACGUUUUGGCUCCCUUCUCUGCUCCUUUCCUGAGCCUGCUCUGCUGGCUCUGCUGGACCCUCCAUGGUGAGGGUGGUCACAGGCAUUUCCAACUGUGUGUCCCCCAGUCCUGGAAUUGCCUCCUUGUGCUGGAUGUGGACCUGCUCCGCUGGCCGGCUUGGCUUGUGUGCCUGGUGGGGGUACCUAGGCAGGACCCGUCCCCUUUCACUGUGGGAAGGAUGGGUCUGAAGGAGACAGUGGUCCUACAGAGUGGUGGGCACCCCCUGUUACUCAGGCACCAAUUCUGGGGGAGACCCAGCCUUAUCAGCACACUGUGGGUAUCUCCCCCAUAGGGAAGUGGGGAGGCAAGAUGAGAGGCUGAAUGGCCUUCAGGAUCUGGGACAGGCUCUACACCAUUAGGACCCAGUCCUGUGGCCAGAGCUUGAGGUCCUUUUAGGGGACAGAGGCCAGGAGCAAAUGUACAGGGCCAGGAAGGAAAGUGGGGAUUAUAGGCUGGGCCAAGGAGCAGGCUUUAUUUAUCUGACGGGCACUGAGACCCAGGAUGCCAUGGGCUGAUUUUGACAGAUCUACGACUGAGCUCACUGUCAGACACUCAGAAGCCAUGCUAGGCCGGCAUACCUCAUUGUCCUGCAGCCACCACGCUUCAGGAACCCAGGGUGCUGUGUCUGGGCUGCGUCGUUUCUCCUUCAUUGAGUCAUCUGCCUUCUUAACAGAAGACUCAUUCCUUUAAAUCACAAUCACAUACCGUCAGCAGUUGCAUCAUGACGAGUCGGUCAAGGAUGGGCAGUGUAUAUGACGGUGGUCCCAUGCAAUUAUAAUGCCUUAUUUUUAAGGAAUUUUUCUGUGUUCAAGUAAGUUAGUUCCCACUGAGUUUAAACUGCCUGCGUUUUCAUGCAGUCCUGUGCUGUACAGGCUUGUCCUAGGAGGCUGCACCCCACAGCCCAGGUGUGCUGCUGGCUGUGCCACCAGGGCCCAGGACUCAGGCUGCCUCCUACAGUCCUCCCCAGUGUCCCUCUUUGUCUGAUGGCCAAACCGACGCCUCUCGGUUUGGGGUAGCCUGUGUUCCUCAGAUCCUACAGACACUGCUGCCGAGUCCUUCCUUAAAGAUUUGGUAUCUUCUCAGUAAAGGAAAAUUAUUUCAGUUCAUAGUCGUUUGCAGUUAAUUAUUUUAAUUAAUGCCACAAUUCAUUGCAGUUUGCAGUUAAUUAUUUUAAUUAAUGCCAUAAUUCGUUGUCCAUAAUUAUUUGUUACUGAUUUUUGUAAAGAAGGUAAACAACUACUUUUUCCUCUGCGUUUUUGUUGGUGUCCUUUGUUUUUAAUUUCUGUCCGGAUUGGCGUUUUGGAGCGCCCCCUGCAGGUAUUCCUGCGCGGUGCGUGCGUGCGGCCGCAGUGCUGAUGAGACUCUGUGUCUGUUGCAGGUGCCGACCGCCGGCCGCUGGGCUCGCCACAUGAACGCGCCCCUUCUCAAGGCAGCUCUUGGUCGGGGAAGCCCGGAGCUCUUCUGAGCAUGGAGAGAUAAAACGCCGCGGGCACCGUGCGCCACGUGAAGCUGUGCCGCCUCCCCCGCUGCGCCGUCCCUCGGAUGGAUCGCAGCAGAGAAGCCGAGAUGGAGCUGAGGCGGGGCCCCAGCCCCACCAGGGCAGGCAGGGGCCACGAAGUGGACGGGGACAAAGCCACGUGCCACAGCUGCUGCAUCUGUGGCAAGAGCUUCCCCUUCCAGAGCUCGCUUUCGCAGCACAUGCGUAAGCACACGGGCGAGAAGCCCUACAAGUGCCCGUACUGCGACCACAGGGCUUCCCAGAAGGGCAACCUGAAGAUUCAUAUCCGCAGCCACCGCACGGGGACUUUGAUCCAGGGACACGAGCCGGAGGCAGGCGAGGCGCAGGUGGGCGAGGUGCGUGUGUCCGAAGGCCUGGACGCCUGCGCCAGCCCCACCAAGAGCACGUCGGCCUGCAAUAGGCUGCUGAACGGGGCGGCGCCCGACGGCAGCAGGGUUCUGAACGGGGCGGUGGCCGAGGGCAGCAGGCUUCUGCUGCGGAGCAGGAAGGGCGCGGAGGGCCCCGCGUGCGCCCCAGAGGAGGCCAAGGCCCAGUGCUCCUUCUGCAAGAGCCAGUUCGAGCGCAAGAAGGACCUGGAGUUGCACAUCCACCAGGCCCAUAAGCCGUUCAAGUGCAGGCUGUGCAGCUACGUGACCCUGCGGGAGGAGUCGCUGCUGAGCCACAUCGAGCGGGACCACAUCACUGCGCAGGUGCCCAACGGCGCGGCCUGCGCGGAGAAUGGCAAGCCCGAGCUAAGCCCUGGAGAAUUUCCCUGUGAGGUGUGCGGCCAGGCCUUCAGCCAGACCUGGUUCCUGAAGGCCCACAUGAAGAAGCACAGGGGAUCCUUCGACCACGGCUGCCACAUCUGUGGCCGCAGGUUCAAAGAGCCCUGGUUCCUCAAGAACCACAUGAAGGCGCAUGGCCCCAAGUCGGGGAGCAGGAACCGGCCCAGGAGUGAGCUGGACGUCAUCGCCACCAUCAACAAUGUGGUCCAGGAGGAGGUAAUCGUCACUGGCCUGUCCCUCUACGAAGUCUGUACCAAGUGUGGGAACCUGUUUACAAACCUCGACAGCUUGAACGCCCAUAAUGCCAUACACCGCAAGGUCGAGGCCAGCCGGACACGGGCCCCAGCCGGGGAAGGGGCCGCCGAGAACCCCUUGGACACCAAGCAGUUCUUCCUACAGUGCCUGAACCUGAGGCCCUCGGUGGCCGGUGACGCGCCCCCUGGUGGGCAGGCUGGAAGGCGGGUGGCCGAGCUGGACCCGGUCAACAGCUACCAGGCCUGGCAGCUGGCCACCAGGGGCAAGGUGGCUGAGCCGGCUGAGUACCUCAAAUACGGGGCCUGGGACGAAGCGCUGGCCGGGGAUGUGGCCUUUGAUAAGGACAGGCGUGAAUACAUCCUGGUGAGCCAGGAGAAGCGUAAGCGUGAGCAAGACGCACUGGCCUCGCAGGGUCCUCCCAGGAAGCGGGCGAGCGUGCCUGGGGACCCCAUCCCCCCUGGACCCCUGGACCCCCGGCCUGCCGCACGUCACAGCCGCAGAGCCGCGGCCACCACCGGUCAGGGCAAGUCCUCCGAGUGCUUUGAGUGCGGCAAGAUCUUCCGCACCUACCACCAGAUGGUGCUGCACUCCCGUGUGCACCGCCGCGCGCGCCGGGACAGGGACGGCGAUGGCAACCGGCCCGCACGCACCCGCAGCGGCUCGCUCAGCGAGGGCGACUCUGCCUCCCAGCCCAGCAGCCCCGGUUCUGCCUGUGCCACCGCUGACUCCCCAGGUACCGAAGACAGUGGCGAGGAGGGUGUACCCGAACCUGCACCAGGGCCCCGGCCGCACCACUGCUGCUUUUCUGAAGACGUCGCCUCCCCUGUGCUGUCCAAUGGAGACCAGAGUCACAAGUGCGGAAGUCGCUCGUCAGAGAAAGACAGCAGAGAGUCCAAAGCAGGGAUCCCAGGAUCCGUGUCUGUGAUUGAGAACAGCAGCAGAGAGGCUUCCAGAAGACAGGAGCAGCCUAGGUUUUCUGUGGACUUAAAGAUGCCAGCAUUCCACCCCAAGCAGGAGCUGCUGGGCUCUGGCGACAGCGUGGACUUCCCUUUGUGUACGGAUGGGACGGGCCCACAGCUCUCCUCGGAGAGCCAAGCGAGUUACCCUAAAGAAGAACUGUCCGAUUUGCACAAUAAGGAGAGUGCUGGGGGAGGCAAGAGGGCUCUGGCCCCAGCCCUCAUCCCGCUAGAUUUAAGCUCAAGGUCAGCACGGGAUGAACCCAGCUAUAAGGACACAGUGUCCUCCCUGCAGGCAGCUUUGGUCAUUCACCCGUGUCCUUACUGUGACCACAAGACCUACUACCCUGAGGUCCUGUGGAUGCACAAACGUAUCUGGCACCGGGUCAGCUGCAGCGCCAUGGCCCCCCCGUGGAUUCAGCCCAACGGUUAUAAAAGCAUAAGAAGUAACUUGGUUUUCCUUUCCCGGAGCGGGCGCACAGGCCCCCCGCCUGCCCUCGGGGGCAAAGAAUGCCAGCCUCUACUCCUCGCGCGGUUCACCCGCACACAGGUGCCAGGGUGGGUGCCAGGGUCCAAGAGCAGCUCUUCUCCCCUGGGAGUGACCACGAAAGCUGCUAGCAUGCCUAAGAAUAAGGACAGCCAUUCCGGGGGCCCCUGUGCGCUGUGGGUGCCUGGCCCCGAUGGGUACCGACAGACCAAACCCGGCCACGGCCAGGAGCAGGGUGGUGCUGCUGUGCAGGGGCUCCCACCGAGGCAGGAGACCAGCUCCAAACCCAUGCCAGCCCCUGGCAGUGGGGGCUUCAGCAGAAGUGCUGCCCCCACACCCACUGUCAUAACUCGGGCCAGUGCUCAGCCUUCGGCCAACAGCAAGCCAGCGGAGAAGUGUGGGGUCCCUCUGGUGGGGGCCGGCUUUGCGCCCCCAAAUAAGCACAGUGCCCCAGACUCCCUGAAAGCCAAAUUCAGUCCCCAGCCUCAGGGUCCGGCUCCCAUAAAAGGCGAAGGGGGCCCUCUACCUCCCCACGAGCCCCCUUUGAAGGCAGCCCAGGAGCUGAGGACGCUGGCCAGUUGCGCAGCGGGGUCCAGAGGGGAUGCUGCCUUGCAGGCUCAGCCUGGCAUAGCCGGGGUGCCCCCCGUCCUUCACUCCAUCAAGCAGGAGCCAGCAGCCGAAGGGCACGAGAAGCGCCUGGACAUCCUCAACAUCUUUAAGACAUACAUUCCAAAGGACUUUGCUACCCUCUACCAGGGCUGGGGCGUCAGCAGCCCCGGGCUGGAACACAGAGGGGAGAGACCAUUCUAACACAGGUACCGUCCAGACAGUGCCUCUCAGAAAGGGAACCUAAGAGCAGUUUCCGACACACCCCGGCACCCGGCCGCCAUUGGCAGUCCCCUGAAAGACGUCCCGGCAGCCUCCCACUAGUGACCGUGAGCACCUGUGGAAAAACAGCUGGAGGACUCGUGACCAGACACCUCACACCGGAGCUGCUGCGCUGGAGUGGAGACCGCAGGGAGAGGCCUCUCCUUCUCAGACACUUACAGUUAAAUGAAGAUGCUAUCCUCUAGAAUUGCCCGUAGACGCUCUGUACGCACACGUGCGCUCACCCACCACGGUCCUGUAUUUCUUACUAUAAACAGUGGUACUGGCAGGCACUGUAGGGACGCCAGGCAGCAUCUUUGUUUUCAAGACAAGUUUGAGACACUGGAAAAAAGAUACUUGUGUGUGUACUGGACAGAGUGGAGAAGCUGAGCGCUGUGCCCGGAGCCUCUGACCCUCUGAGGGACUGUGGCAAGGAUGUCCAAGCAGAAGGUGGUGGAGUUGAGGUUGAUGAAGUAUUAAUACUACUGCCUCUCCUUGUCUUAGUGGGUAUUUAAAAUAGAGAGUGAGAGAGAGGAAGGGGGUUGGCGUUCAGGUGCUGUGGAAACCAGGCUUGGUGGAGCUGGAGCCGCUGCCGUGACCCUCACUUUUCACGGGCUCUGUGGCGUCACCCCCUGGGUGGCCGCUUCCCCAAGCUUAUUGCGUUUUCCCACCACGUUUACGGAGGGCAUCUGGCCGAGGGAGCACACCUGUGGGAAUGCGUGCACUCUGCCUUGGAAAAGAGCUAGUUAACACUAAGAAAAGCAGGCUUCUUUGUUUAUUCUCAGGACCUUUUUGUAACAGGGCUACAUUCUGCAACUGCUCACAAGGGAAGACGACAUGUCUUAACAGAUUAUUCAGCCACUGAGUCCUCCUGAUGUGGACCUGUUUUUGCAAUGGCAGAAGAAUCCCUGAGCAUAUGGGGGGGGGGCCCAGAUCACUGGGGUACUGAUGCUCUGGAAGCUUCUGUCCUCAGCCCCCUGUCUCUCCCCCGUAUCACUCCAGCAAGUAGGUGUCUUUUCUCGUUGGGGCUGGUGACCUCCACAGGACAAGUGGCUUCGUUCACAGAGGGUGAGGGUCACCAGACCUGUGGGUGGGGGCGGCUUUAUAUACCUCUUCCUUAGUAAUGCAAAUGUAAGAUUUCAUGGUGGGGGUUAGGCCCAUGAUAAAGGAUCUUAAACCACGCAGUGUACGCAGUUAAAAUUCCACACACAAAUGUUUUCUUUCCCCAUUGCCGUGACACUAUGUGUGAUGGUAGUAUUUCUGAGAGUUUCAGAUUUUUGCACAUAUGAUUUUAUGCAUUAUCAAAAGUUACUGCUGCCUUGAAUGAAAACGUUCUGUGAAAUUUUUUGCAAAAGCUUUACUAGGUUUUUUUUCUUUUUUUAAAUUGUGAAAAUUUUGUAAAGGCAGGAAAUGGAUUAAAACAAGCAUGCUAAAUAUAUUUUUCAAAAAAGCAAUAAUUUUACAUGUACAGAAAUUAUCCUAACCUUUAAUACUGGUGAGAGCAACAGUUUACUUAUACUACAGUAAUGGAUUAGUGCGGUUUUUGUAGAAAAUGGGCUUCUGAUACAAAGACUCGUUUAAAGACACACACACACAAACCCUAGAGUGUGGUUUUCUUGUUUUAAUGACUUGUUGAAUUAUUAUAUUAUUAUUAUUAUUAUUAUUAUUGUUAUUAGUUAAUGUUUGGUUCUGGAUUCUACUUGUUACUGAGUUUAAAUUACUUGACGGUUCAGGCUACUUUGCAACACUUGCAAACAAUGCAACAUAACCGGCUAGCUUAGACAUAUAUGUAUUUUUUUUUUUUUACUUACUGUUUUUCUGAUAUCCUUACACCAGGUGUGUACGAGAACGAUCCGUCCUAUUGGUGUAUCUAGGAAUACCUGAUGCGGAUCCUGUCACCGGGCUGUUACGUAAAGUUUCUUUGAGCAAAGUUUGCAGAGACACGUUCCUCUGUCCACCUAAGAAAUCCAAGUACCUUUCUGUUGAUUUGUGUUGGAUUAUUUCAGUAGUUUUCCCAAAGCGCUAAUAUCCUGCAUCUUCUGACUUUUGUUUUCUUGGCUGAAAGUAAAUGGUGACAGUGAGGAAUGUUCAGGGACGAGUGAUUCAGUCCUGUCUGUUUCUCUGUGUUUUAGUUAUUAAAAAGACAUUCUGUACCCAAAGUGACACAAAAGUGUAGUGUACGUUUUUACUGUUGCAGACGUGGCCCGGGAAGGUGCAGCUGGCCUUUACAGAGCUGGAGUCUCUUCCUGGAGCGUCUGGUGGGGGAGAGGGGUGCAUGCUGGGUCCCGCUGGCAGCGCCACCAUCUGAGUCUGGCUUCCGCUACAGCCGUGGAGGACAGUCAGCUUCAAUAAUGUCUGCGUAGAGCGCAGAAGUGAGGGUUUUACUUAGACCCGCUGGAGGGGGACCUUCCCGGAACACCACCCUCCAAGACCUGCUGUGCGUGGGCCUGGAGGUGUGGAUCCGUCCUUUCACUGAUGAUCAGUAUUGUAUUGGUUUGUUACUCUGUUUAUGUCAGUUUGACCAUAGUAUUUAAUAUGAUUUCUGUUUUCUUAUUUAUUUAGCCAAUAUGUUUGAUUUGCUUCUUACGAGUGAUGGUUCCCGCAUGAUACACUUCUGUAGGUCACCUUUUGACUGUUACAGACUUUCUACUACCUCUGCCAAUCUGCUGUUCCCUCCUUUCUUAACAGGAUUUUUACAGUGUUGCGUCUAAUGUAACAGACAAUAAAGGGUUUGGUUGUCUACGCUGCAGCUUCUCCAAGUCUCUCCCCUGCUCGCUGCCUUCCAACUUGGCUUGGGCCAAGUCCAGCUUUGUCUCUGGCCAUCUUCUCUCUCACCCCCUCCACCCCUUGCUCACAUCUCUUCAUCAUUGAAUUCACAUAACACACCCGUAAUGAGCUCCUAAAAUCUUUCAGGUUAUUCACUUUUUUUCUUAAUUUGAAGAAUGAACAUUUCUCUGAAAAAUGAGAGAUAAGUAUCUUCUCUGGGAAAUCAUGCCCUGUACCCGUCCACAUUUUUGCCUGGUUCCUGGAAAGUCCAUUAUUGUAAUUGUAGGUGGCUUCCGUUUUCCACUUGAAAACACAAGUAAGCCUAGUGAAUUUUGUCUUUUUGAUUCUGAAAAGUAUUAAAUGUUUUAAGAGGUUACCCUGGUAUUUAACUAUUUUUUAAACCAAGAAAGACAUUUGGUUUCCUAAAAGUAAGGUGCUCCAGGAAGUGGCAGUUGGGAGUUAGGUGCCUUCGCUCUGAGGUAAAGGCGGGUGGAUUCUGGAGCAGGCUGUUCCGGAUGCAGGGGGGGGUGCCUUCUCACCUGCCACUCUGCCCAGGUUGCUGAGUGUGGUCCGAGCACCUCUGCAAAGGCACAGGCACAUGUGGGGUAAACAGCUUGAGGCUCCUCUGGGACACAGCCCUGAUCAAAGCAGGGUCAGGUCUCCUCACACUGGUGCUGCUCCAGGCGGGAGGUUUGGUAGCUCUCUGGGCCCUCAGCCAAGGGGUGGCGUGUAGGUUAGGGACCAGCAGAGCCUCUGCCGGAUCACAGGCAGCAGGACCUCCUGGGCAUUAGUGGCUGGGGACUGUCCACCAACAUCCCUUCUUUAAAACAAGGCAAGCAAACAGCUCUCCUCCCCGACCCCAUGGAGUUUUGAGAGGUUCAGUACUGUAGAGAGAAAGGCAGACUGCAUUCACGCAACUUUACUUUCCACUUCAGAAUGUCUGAAGUAGCAUAUGUCAUUUUAUUGCUUUUAACUUUGAUGAGUUCUAAAUGUAGAACAUGUUAUUAAUUGAGCAGAAAAAAGAGGGAAAAUUCACAGGCCAGGACUUCAAGUGGCGAUGGGGCCUUUGCUGUGGUUGGAGCCCGGGGUGCCCCUGGGGGAGCACCGCCCCAGGAAAAAUGUUCAUUCUUCAUCAGCUUUGCUAAUUAUACUUUGAGGCAGUAAAAUGCAAAAGACCAUAGAAUUUGUAUUUCCUUUUUUAAGAUACAAUUUAUAACAUUAUAUUUUGUACUCUUUAUAUUAGAAUUUGUAACUAGAUUGUUGUAUUUAACUCUAUUUCUGAAAAAGUAAUUCAGUGUUUUAGUUGUGUGACAAAAUUAUUUAGAUAAAACAUAUUCAUUCUAUUGGAACUUGAAAUAAAUAAAAACUUCUUGGAGUUCU